AUGGCACACCAAACAAUUCACUUCGAAGGUCCUCUUGAUGAGGAUAAUUCGAUAGAAGCAACCGAUUCGAUAGCGGCAACCGAGGCUGUACAGCGAGAUGAUAGCAGUAGCCACGUUGUGAGCCCUGAAAAAGUUAUGCAUGGAUCUGGUCAGACCGAGGAAGACCGCCGUCAGGUUCGAAGAAACCAACGUUUGUUGUUCUCAAAAGUGGUGGAAGCUGGCGCGGACUUGAACAUUAAUGAAGUACGGGGAGAAAACAAUGAAAUCUUUUGCAAUGUCUACUAUCCUCGGGAGGCUAUUUUGGACGGGUCGAACAUGCACGUCAUUGUUAAUCGUGCUACCCAAAAGGUUGAUCAGUUGUUGAAGGCUCCUCGCUAUGAUGCUGAUAGGUUUAUUAGUAAGCUAAAAUCAAAGUGCCGCAGUAGCGACGGAUGCUUUGAUUGGUUAUUGUUUGGAAGUCAGGCUGGCACAUGUUUCAAUGCCAUGCCUUCCAACAUAUCCUUCUUGAAUGGGUCCUUAGCGGAUGGGAGAGCGCUCACAGUCCGUCAGAGGGCAAAACGAGUACGAGUAGUAGAGGAAAACGCAGAAGAAGUAGAGCCGGAAGUGGUCAAAGAACACACAGACCGGAACGCAGAUCAGCUGUCGGCGAUUCAAAGAUCAAUGAAAUCCAUGGAAAAGACGCUCAAGACAAGAGUUCUAAACACAUAUUUCAAAAACAAGAGAAAAUUAAAUGAAAUACACAAUGGAGAAGAACUUCCACCUCGGCUGGACAAGAAGCUGAAGAAACUUGGAUUGGAGAUUGACGCGAUUCGGUUCCUCUUCAAUCCGCACUCUUUCACUCAAACAGUAGAGAAUAUAUUUCAUUAUUCGUUUAUGGUGAAACAGGGCUUGGCAACGCUGCGGGUUCGAAAGAAGGGGUUCGGGGAUGAUUUCGGAAACAAGAGUGCUCCGGGAGGUCUUGCUUGUCAGUAUGUGGAUGAUUUUGCGAAAAAGAGCCACGGUGAGAAAUCUUCGCAUCCGAAUACGCAAGCUAUUUUGACGUUAACCAUGAAGGAUUGGCGGGAUCUUUGCACGGCAUACAAUUUGGAAAUGGGAGAUUUACCAUAUCGCAUAGGAUCGACCCAAACAAAGACUGUAGAUUUAUCACAAGCGCCAGAACUAUCGGAUUCGUCAUAG